GGCCAACACCAGCUUGUGUGUCUUCUUCCAUCACUAUCACCAGACUAUUUUAGAAAUGGCCCAGUGUUCAUGUUUCCAUAUCAUGACUCGUUAGGGAGGCUCAAUCAGGCUAGAUCGAGAAGCAAGCUAGUUUGGGAUUGACAUUCCUGUCACGCUUUUCUGAACUUAAUUUGUGUUGGCAUAUAUCCUUCUCUAUAGUGGACCGUGCUGGAUUGUUUUGUUAAAUGAGUAGUGUUGGUUCUCCUAGGCUGUGCUGUGUGUCUGUCCGUUAGGCUGACUGUUGUAACAGUCUAGUAAACAUGUCUCCUGUUGAAGGAUAUGCAUUGUUGUUGUAAUCCUACUGGGGCUUGAGAUGUUGAAGAGGAAUGUUUAGUAGUGUGGCUCACAUGACGAGGUGGAAUGCCUAGUUGUAUAAGUCACAUGACCAUCCGCAGGAGAGCCGGGUGGUGUAGUAGCUAGGUCACUUAGCUUAUUUAUGUAGGCUAGGUCACAUGACUAGAUGUCAGGAGAAGACUGGUAUCGUUUCCAUUAGGCUGCUCCUCAUACGUAUAGUCAGCCUAGUCCAGUUUACAAUAUAGCCUACAUUCCUGCUUGACACAUUGUCAUAUACCUAACUAUUCAACAUGAUGUCAAGCCUGUGACGAUAAUUAGGUUUCAUGACACUCCAACCAUGCAGUUAGAUGAUGAGGGGCUGAAUGGGGUAGGGGUAAAUAAUGGUACUAGAGGUCAUAGUAUCUGUAGUGUCAGUAGUACCAGGUCUGGGGAUACUUUACCUUGCGAGGAAUGUCUGCAGGGCAAAAAACCACUCUUUACUUUGUUUCCAUGCAGCAAGGAGCUAUGGGAGACGUCGAGGCCGCUCGUCCCUGUUCCCCAUUGAAGACAGCCUCCUUGAUGAUGGGCACGGUAACCAGGGCAUCCCAGGGCUUGGCCCUAACUGUUACCCCCACCAGAAUGGGGAGCGCAUCGAGCGUUUCUCCCGCAAAGUGUUUGUGGGCGGCCUGCCCCCUGACAUAGAUGAAGAUGAGAUCACCAACAGUUUCCGUCGCUUUGGCCACCUGGUGGUGGACUGGCCACACAAGGCUGAGAGCAAAUCCUACUUCCCCCCGAAAGGUUACGCCUUCCUGCUGUUCCAGGAGGAGAGCUCAGUGCAGGCUCUGAUCGAGGCCUGCAUGGAGGAGGACGGCAAGCUCUACCUGUGUGUCUCCAGCCCCACCAUCAAAGAUAAGCCUGUCCAGAUUCGUCCGUGGAACCUGAGUGACAGUGACUUUGUGAUGGACGGCUCUCAGCCCCUGGAUCCUCGCAAGACCAUCUUCGUAGGAGGGGUCCCCCGCCCUCUCAGAGCAGUGGAGUUGGCCAUGAUUAUGGACCGUCUCUAUGGGGGGGUCUGCUACGCUGGCAUCGACACCGAUCCAGAGCUCAAGUACCCCAAAGGUGCGGGGCGCGUCGCAUUCUCCAAUCAGCAGAGUUACAUCGCUGCCAUCAGCGCCAGAUUUGUCCAGCUGCAACAUGGAGACAUUGACAAGCGGGUGGAGGUAAAGCCCUAUGUUCUGGACGACCAGCUGUGUGAUGAGUGCCAGGGUGCGCGUUGCGGUGGGAAGUUUGCCCCUUUCUUCUGCGCCAACGUGACCUGCCUGCAGUACUACUGUGAGUUCUGCUGGGCUAACAUCCACUCCCGCGCCGGCCGAGAAUUCCACAAGCCGCUGGUCAAAGAGGGGGCUGACCGCCCACGCCAAAUCCACUUCCGCUGGAACUGAAGAGGAACUCCACCACACGUCACCAUGGCGACGCGGUUACAAGGAACGGUCAAGGAAGAGAGACAUCGCCAGGCAGGAAAAAGUGCAUCGCUCUGCCUUUUACCCUAAGCUAUCAGUAUAGAGUACAUAACAGUAUACAGUAUAUAUAUCUUUUGUAGCAGCCAAACACUACAAGCCUCAGUUUUUCACCAAAACCCCCCUCACAUCUCAGGCUCUGACAACUUUUUUGUGGUACUUUAAUGUUUUUUAAGAGGAGAUUUAAAAGAGAUUGAUUUUUUGUAGGUUUUUCAAAUUAUUUUUAUAUGUGAGAUUUAACGUAGAUAUGAGAAUGUUUUUGCAUGGGAGCAGCCCAUCUGUCUGUCUGUCUGCUGCUAGCCACCCCCUAGUGGGUGUAGCGUGUCCUUGUUUCUGGGGAAACCUUGAUUCUAUCAUCUGGACGCCUGCCCCAGGUCAUUUACCAAAGGUAACAAAACGAUAGGAAGCAUAAAAGUGAUACAUUUCUGCCACAAAACAAACUCUUAUUUUUUAUUGUUGAUAAUAAUUUGUUCUUUUUCCCCAUCAGGGAAGACAUUUACAAAAAUUAUGAGGUUAUUUUUGCUCUCAUUUUGACCUGAAAAAAUAUUACCUCAAAAUAUGAAUCUGGUUUUUAUUAAUUCUAUUUAACCUUUUUAAUCACAAGCUAUAUUAGAAGCUUUGCUGCUAUAUAUAAUAUAUGAAUAGAUGUAUAGGUGGUAUAUAUUAACGCCAGCUAUAAACCUGAAUCUUGAAAAAUGAAAUGCAGUCCGCACUCACACACUUAUGGCCACCUUUGCCAUGGAAGAAUAGAAUGUGAAGAUUGAAGUGCAUGUUUGUGUCUAUACACCCUUUGCAUGCAAGAUAGACUUAACCAAUACAUGUAGGAUAAAAAAAACUACACAAACUACAGAAACUAUAUAACAGAAAACACUAAAAUCCUACUUUGAAUAGCAACAACAACAAAAACGUCAGAAGCCUAGGUGUAAGAAAAUAUAUAUAUAAAAAUGAAGAUAAAGGAAAAUACAUGAAAACGACUUAACAUUAAAAAAUCUUGCAUGCAUUGAUGUUGAUCCGUUGUUUGAAACAUUUACAUACUUAUUAUACAAAAAAAACGAUAUUGGUUCUAAACUAGUGGAUGCCACCAUUUUGUGAUGUGGUGGUUUGUGAGGAGUAAUGAACCCUGUUGAGAAGCUGAGUGGCGUUCAGUCAGUGGUUAGUGUCUGUGUCGUGUCUGUGCUGUCUGUGUAGAUCUUGUUGGUGUGUGGAAUGAGGUUUUAGUUUAGUAACAAUGUAGGUAAACUAGAGGAGAAUGAGAACAUCACAACAUUUUGCCUUCACCCUUCCUAUCCUCCUCACCUUUGUAUAGUUCCAGAGGUUACUCUAAUGUAGCAUAACCCUUUGCAGACCAAAAGCAUACACAGAAGCCAGGCUAGAUCUGAUUUCUACAGGCAUAAGACUGGGAGAUGUGUGUUUGUGCUAUGUGUUAGGCUAGUUGGCCAAUUUAAACCACUGUUCAAAUGUUGUCAUAGAGAAGGAUCCGUAAGAAAGCAUCUGUCCAACAUCUGUUCCUGAGUUGUGUUAUCAGGCUACUCAGUUUGAUACACUGUUCUCCAAAACAACCAGGCUCUCAUACACAUUGUAGUUACAAGUUAUUAGACUCCAGACCUGUAAAAAGUGAUCCAGUUUUAUGUCCUGCUAAUGAAAGACGACAAAGACACACUCCCUCAUAUAUUUUCAGUGAUGGGGAAAUAAUUAUAAUUUAAAAAAUUGGCCUGCAGAAUAUGAAUAACUGUGUUUUUUGUUUAUCUAACUGUGACGCUGUCUCUCUGUGAGCAAUGACCUGCUGGUGCACUAGCCAGCUGUUUGGUACUGUACAUGUCUGUAUCUAUACAGUAUAAUAUCCCUGUUAUCCUUGUGUCAUAGUGUUCCCUGGUGUGGAGUCAGUCCUUGGUAUGCGGUUUAGACGUGGUUCAGGGGUCAAGUGUGUACUGUCACUACUACUACUUCAUGGAUAUAAGAUUGUUUAUGUUAAUUUAUUCACGUAUUAGAUAAUUUAUUUGUUAAUGUCUUCAACUUGUGAGUUGGGACCCCCUCUCUGUCCCCAGCCUCUCUAAUCACUUUUGAUAAUAUAUUAUGCACUACCUUUUCUAUAUUUUCCCUCUGAUUAUUUGAUUCUUGACUCGUUUUCACCCUACCAGUUAGUCAGCUGAUUCAAUGCAGACAUGGUUUGGGCAACGACCUAUUUUGCUAAAUUUAAUCACUCAUGAAAGAUUCAGUUCUGCCGAACUUCUACCGAUUUAUAAUUCUACCAGAUUAUUUUAUUUUUUCAUAAUGACUUAUUUAAGAAAUUGUGUGAGGAGGCGUUGGUCUUAGGUUUUUCUAUGUGAAUGAAGCAGUAUUCUAAUAUGUUCUAAUGUAUUCAUAGGGGGUCCUGUUGUCUUUCAGUCUCUCCGUCAACUGAAAGAAGGAAGAAGUGCCACAGGGUACUGUGCUAUGAUGAUUGGCUCUAGAGAAAAUGGUGGCCAAAAAACGAUGAGCAACCGUUCAAAGCAAAUGAAGGAUCGUCAUUAAGCCCCCACCCUGUUUGUACUUUGUCCCGGUGGCCUCGGCUCUCGUGGUGUGGUUGGUGUUGUGCUCAGAACAGAACAGAGCUCUCUUGUACUUUGUCACCAUUGACAUGUAACACGACUCCUUGUGCUGUUUGUUGAGUAAUGGGUCCUAUUUUAUAAGUUGAACACUGUUACUUUGUAUGUGUGUGUCUUUGUUUUUGUAAGAAUCAUAUUUAUUUCACUAUUUUUGUAGACAAAUAACUAUUUGAUUUUGAUUGUAUUUUUCUAUUUCAAUAGAUUAUUAUUAUUAUUAUUAUUAUUACACACAUUUUAGUUCCCCUAAUAUUCUAAUUAUGUCUAGAAGCAGGGCUCUGUUGAAAGACAAAAAUAAACAAAAGAUUUGAACAAAUAAUUAUGUAAUUGAUGUAUCAAUAUAUAACUGUUUUAAUAUAUCAAUAUGGUUAAUAUACAAGUACACAUUUACACCUUUUAUUUGAAGGAAGGAAACAUUGAGGGUUCUAUUAUAUUCAUGGAAGACACUUGAGAUUCUCCCCCUGUUGCAUCGAGGCCCGCGGUGCCUCUCCUCAUAGAUUCUCUGAAACUUGAAUAUAACACAUUUUGAAAGGCUGAUUAACCUCGAAUAUGUGUUGUGACGUGCAAUACUGUUUCUAAUGUUUGUAUAAAAAGUAAAAAUUACAGUGUAAACCUUUUUAAUGCAGAUUUAUUUUUUUCAUUGCAUAUUUUGCAGAUUUCUGAUUCACAGUGUCAUUUUUUACUGUCAGAAAAGAAACCCCUUUUUUUCAUUGCAACUAUUUUUCAAUCCAGAUAUCUUUGUACUGAUGUAAAUGAUUGUAGUUAUUUUGGAUAGUGUUUUGCUACCAAAAGGAGAGAAUUUUUCAUGCAUAUUUCUAUUUCAUUUAAUUUUAUUCCGUUUUUUUUUUUUUUAAUAGAAGCAGAAUACUUGGAAUAAUUUUUCAUAUUAUAUAUCAUUGAUAUUAUUUUGUAUUUUUAUGUGGAAAUAUAUAUAAUUUUAAGAUGCCAAUUGCUAAGGUAUUAUUUUAAUUUGAAUUAUUUUUAAGCUAAAUCUUUGUAAUAUUGUUAAAGUAACUCAUUUCUAAAUCGGAGUUUGUGUAUGAAUUCACAAAAGAGGUUUAUGAGGUGUUCGGAUUGUAAUUAUUACUCAAUGGUUCUUUGAUAUGCAAAAUUAAUAUCAUGUCGAUUUUAAUUUUUGUUUUGUAUUUAAAUGGAGUGUUGAUUACAAUCUGUUUUCUUUCAUUUCCUGAAUAAAUAAAGACCCAUUCUGUUCAGACACAA